CUCUCUUUUUCUUUUUCGUCCGUUUUCCUAUUCUCUUUCUUCAUCCACCCCUUCCUUCUUCCUUUGGCUACAUUUUAUUUAACCUUUUUUCUAAAUAUCGUUUAUAGCCUAUCAUUCGACUAUGGGAGGUAAUUUAUCCCGCCAUCAAAUUGAUUGCCAACGUAUCAAGCCGAAAACAGCACGUGAAACGCAUGAAAAACAUCCAGUGGCAGUAAAAAACGUUCGCAUCAUCGAUGGACGUACUUAUCAUGCCGUCGAUGGCAGCAGUUACAUCCUUCCGCGGGACGAUAUCGAGAUCGACCGAAUGCAUGAAGAGCAUUUUGUUACCAAGGAAUUGUUGGGAUGCAAUGUCAUGUCGGAAGCUCUCAAAUGUCUUCACUUCCAGGGCGGAUUAAGUGUACUGGACGUUUGUUGUGGCCCUGCGACUUGGCUUUGCGAAACUAGUUUGGAAUACCCUACUUGCCAGUUUAGCGGUGUUGACAUGUGUAAUGUGUGGCCGCAAGUCAUUCGACCCGUCAAUCUCAAUUUCACCGAAGCCAAUAUCUUGCGUGGAUUACCUUAUGCCGAUACUUCUUUUGACUUUGUGCAAAUCAGAUUUGUCGGGCUUGCAUUUAAAACUGACGAAUGGCCAUUCAUUAUGUCGGAGAUCCGCCGAGUAUUGAAGGAUGGCGGAUGUUUCCAGUGUGUGGAACUUGACAUGAGAAUUACUACGGAGGACAGCGGAGCACGAAACUGGGGAGCGAAAUUUGAGCAAUUCUGUUUAUCCCAAGGAUUGGAUUUGGCUGCAGGUGCGAAAAUAGGAAUGAUGCUGGGUGAUGCCGGCAUGCCGAUUUUGCAGAGUGAAUACCGUGAGAUUUCUAUCGGAUGGGGUGGUCCUCUCGGUGAAGCCUAUGGUAAUCUCUAUAAAUCUACUCUUCUUGCCAUCGCGCCUUUCUUCCGACCGUUCUUAUCCAUCACCCAAAAAGAAUACGAAGAGUAUCUUCACGAGGCAUGCCUAGGUUUAGCCCAAUCCAAAGGCUUUAUGGGCCUUUAUGCAUUCCUGGCUCAAAAACCUCUAGAUGAUUAACUCCCAUAUUCGCCUGUUUAUGGUUGAUUCCACCUUUUUUUUUUUUAUCUCCUUCUCCUUCUUUGAUUUAUACCACGCAUGAUCAGCUACUGAAAGCUAUUCAAUGUACCAAAAUCAGCAAUUUCCGACAUCCAGAACAAACGGAAAAUAACUCCUUAUUUCCGUGCCUUCAUUGGUGCUAUGUAUCAUAUGUAUCUUACGGCUUUUUUUUCUAUACUCUUUUGUUCAUCGUCGAAUGUGACCUUUUUUUUUCUUCAUUACCAUUCAUUUGCCCUCUUAUCCACCCGCUCCCGCUACGGACAUAACAAUCCUCACAAUGUUCUGUUUAUAUCGAUAGAUUCAUUCUUGCCUAGUAAAAACCAUGAUUUAAUUUUUUUUCCCUGGCUGCUCAGCUUGUUACAGUAUACAGUAUACAGUAUACAAUUCCAAACAUUUGAAUGAGAUAAUUCUGUGGUCCAGUGUUUUUGAAGCGCA